AUGGGAGCAUCAGACAAUCUUGCACCCAGAGAUGCCAAAAUUAUUUCGCUGAUUCUUCGGUCAGUGGGGAUAGAAGAGUGCGAGCCAAAGGUGAUCCUGCAGUUUCUAGAGGUGGCCUAUAAGUACUUCAUUGAGGCCCUGGAAGAUGCUGGGCUGUACGCUGAGCAGGCGGGAAGGAGUGUCCCCAAUGGAGCAGACAUUAAGCUGGCAAUUCAGACAAAAAUAGGAAAAUACUUUGUGCCGCCUCCUCCAAGACAGUUUAUGCUGGAGAUAAGCUCAAGGAUAAACUCAAAGCCUCUUGUUGUCCUGGAGACAGCCAAUCUCAUCCGCACGCCGGGAGAGAAGACAAGUCUGUUGGAGCUGUACUAUGCAACAAUUCGGAAAGACGAAACAAGGAAAAGAAAAAAGUGA